AUGCAUAGUAAUCGUUCAUCGACUCUGGGUUCGGUUCGUGCUCUUUCGCUGAGUACAGAGCACAUAAACAAGGAACCCUCAUUAAUUGAUAUCCCUCCACCUAUGUCUGACCUUCCUUAUGAUCCCCCGCAUCUCUCACGAUGGCAACAGGCACCUCAACGACUUCAAGGUUGCGCUAAUUCUCGAUCAGGAAGUGCUGUGGCUCCCCGAUUUGAUAGUUGUCAUCUUCACCAGCAACCAAAAUGUGCCACUCUUAACGAACAAUUUCGAGCGUUGACCCUUCAUCCCAGAAAUCAUUGUGACUCCCAUAGAACUUCCACAAUUCGUCCUGGAAUUCUAAGUAAUAAUACUUAUGAACUCUCAGAUGAUUUGCGUGCAAAAGAAGUGGACCUCAUGGAACGUUACUAUGGCGGUAGAUUACGAGCUCAGCAUGCAGCACGGAUAAUUCAACGUAAAUUUCGUGAGUAUCGAAUGCGGGCUCAGUAUGCCCAAUUGAGAUCUGAUCGCCGUUUAACUAAUCGUCUAACAAGUGGGUUAAAUGAUUAUUAUCCCGAAGAUGGUCGCGAAGCCCAGCACCUUGCUAGUAUGGAGGAUUUAGUCAUUGAUCGGGCCUACUUGGAUUGGGAAAGUGAAGUAGUUGGCAGUCCAGGAAGUGGAUCAAUACCUGACCUCACCGUUGAAGCUAAAGGGAGUCGAUCAUCCGCUCCAUCGGCUUCAACACAGUCCCCUGAGUCUGCUGAAGAAAUUUCCUCACAUUCCUGUACAAAUUUAACAUCUCCUAAGAGCCAUCAUAACUCCAGUCCUGGUACUGGGACAGGGUCUACCUCAGGAUUUGUUUCCUCCCCAGGAUCUUGUUCUUCUGGUUCUCUACAGACUGCUGAAGUCUCUCCCCAGGUUAAUGCUGCCCCACCUAUUACACGACAGACCUCCGAGCUCGAAAAUCAUCAGCAGCCUGUUUUGUAUUACGUUAUGGAUAAUAGGCCUGAAGAUCAACAGCAGCAACAAAGAGUUCAACAUACUCAACAGUUGUAUGUUGCUGUCCCAGUGAGAUCGGAUCAUAACCAUCAGCAAUAUAUUAGUGUUAACCCACAGCAGUCUCAACCAAGAUAUAUCGCUCAGCAACCAACUGUCUCUACGGCAACUCCGACCACUGCUGUUUUAGUUCGUAGAUCGAGUACGGGUUCGAAUACAGUUCAGACAACGCCUGUUUGGUGUACUCCGGAUGGUAAGAUGUACACCCUGGCUUAUGCUGAGCCUUCUGCAGGCACAACUCUUGUUGUUUCGCCUACUUCAAGACAGCCCCAGCAACCAAUUGUUGUGGCUCAGAAAAAUUCCCCUGUUCUUCUUCAGUUACUUCAACAUUCCUCUGGUGCUGUUGCAUCUGCUUCCAACUUGGUUGCCAUGGGAUCAAGAAAUGCUGUCAAUACUACUAAUGCGGCUAUGGCUGAUAGGUGUAGAAAAAGGCUAUACAGAGUAUGCUUGAAUUAUUUCAACAAAUCGCCGGUGAAAGGGAUGGAAAUGUUGAUCAGAUUCCGCUUUUUGGAAGCCUCUCCGCGUCAAAUUGCCCGAUUUUUACACAUUAGAAGGGGACUGGCUCGAAGCGCUAUUGGAGAGUAUUUGGGAGAAAUGAAACACGACCUUUGUGUUGCUACGGCUCGCCAAUUCAUCCGGCAAGUGGACUUCAGGGAGAAGGAGAUUGAUGAAGCUCUACGGCUGAUGAUGUCCCUCUUUCGCACACCA